UUGGCUAGUUCACAUUCCCGCAAACUUGCCGCGACUCAUCUUAGACAAAACCUACGAGGACAGAGCGCCAAGACAAACGAAACGAAUAGCAGUGUCAGAGCAGACCCGGAAAAGAUAGCUCGUAUUCAGGAUUACGGUCGACCACAGAACAUAAUCGCUAAGCCUUUAUAUGACUUGACAAACGCAACAAGUUUAUUUGGGUGGACAAAUGAGCACACCUUAGCUUUUGAUAUGCUUAAAAAAGCACUCACCGAAGCUCCAGACCCUGCCUUUGAACUUCUGAUAAAAUGCCUCGAGGAUGGUGAGACUGAAAAAGCAUGGUAA